AUGUCGAAGGCGGAGGUGCUCUGGCAGGUAGUCGGCGGAGCUGCUAGCGGCGGACUCGUGGUCCGAAGUGGUGCAUCCCUGACAACACAGCAAGCCGACCUUCGCUUGGCCAACGGUGCCAUCGUGCGGCAGUUGGAGGCAAAGUCGGGGCGACUGCGCUAUGAGCUGGUCCGUGGGACUGGGCCCAGCACUGGAUGGGUGAGCCUCUGCCUGCAUGGAAGGGAGUUGCUUAAGAGACGCAGCGCGGUGCAGGAGAGUAGCAAGGAUGCAGGCACUGAGGUGCUUGCUCCCCUCCAGAAAGACAUUGUGGCAAGUGCACCAGCUUAUUCGAUGUCCCCGACGCCGCCAUGGGCGCCUCAAGGAUCCCCUGGCUACACAAGCUACAAGGGACAGUGCCCGACUGCAGAGGACAGUGCUCGCAAAAGGGCUACUUAG